AGCUGGCAAAAAUCCUUUCUAAGGUGAUAGCAUCUCCCUUUAUAUAAUUUAGCGCAAACCAAACAGCUCUUUAGUAACCCAGCCCAACAAAAAACCACGUGCACAUCACUAUUUCAGAUUCAAUCACUCAAAUCAACGGCCCAGAUUUUCCGUACAGCCACCCAGUCUCCCUAUAUAAAACCCAUCACAGCCUCGUCUUGUUCUUCUGAACGUCCGUCUUAAACGUUGCAGUUGCAGCCGAGAAGCGAGGGCCAAAAGGAAAGUUUUAGAUACCUGAUCUUUGGCUUUUUUAUGAAAGUCACCAUUAAUUUCUUAACAUUUUAUUUUAGUACAACAUGCUUUUAAGGAGAGGAUCAACGCCGAUACUUAACUCAUGGGUCCCACACUUGAAGAAGCCAUCGCCGGAGCACGAGUUUUCUCACCAGAUUUCCCGACCCCGAACCGUUUCGCGUUCGAGCUCGAUUUCCGUGGGAUCGAGCGACGAUUCGAAUAGGAGGAAGGCGAGGGCGCUGUCCGAGACGGAUCCGUGGAACCUCGUGGUCCCCAAGAUGGGAGCCGUUAGGAAAAAUAACGGGAUCAUGAAUGGGAUCUGUGUCGAGGAAGAAGAGGUGGAGAAAGAAGAAGCUGGAUUUCAGCGGUGGAGAACGGCGUCGCUUGGGGUGGAGGAAGAGUGUGGGAUAGGCGGUAGUGGGGGAAAGAUCGGCGGCGGCGGCAGAGGCGGUGGUGAGAACGAAUGGGGCUGUUGGGAUUUGUAUUAUCAGAAAAUGAUCGAGGCUAAUCCUGGAAAUUCACUUCUCCUCAGCAAUUACGCGAGAUUCUUAAAAGAGGUUCGUGGCGAUUUGGUGAAAGCCGAGGAAUACUGUGGGAGGGCAAUCUUGGCAAAUCCAAAUGACGGGAAUGUUCUGUCUAUGUACGCUGGUUUAAUCUGGCAAACUCUCAAAGAUGGUCAGAGAGCUGAAUCUUAUUUUGAUCAAGCUGUUAAAGCCGCCCCUAACGACUGUUUUGUGCUAGCAUCAUAUGCACGAUUUCUUUGGGAUUCUGAGGAAGAAGAAAAAGAAGAGGCAGAGGUUGGGGAAAAUCUGAUUAAAGGAUCAGAGUAAAGCUUUUUCCACGGAUCUCCUCCAAUGCCUCCUCCUUUGGCUGCUGCUUCUUAAAACGCUUGUGACAUAGCUUGUACUUAGCUUUCCGACUUUUGUUAAUAUACCUUCUUUUUUUCUUUGCCCUUUGUAGAAAAGAGUGAGAGUUGUAGUUAUUGAGAACUCUGUUUUGCUGUACUCAUUCUCGGAGCCGUAUCAUGUGGAAGGAAAAAAUAAGAUAUGGAAAUGAAUUUUUCAUUGGAAUCAUC